AUGGUCUCAGACACGGCUUACGAACCUCUGGAGGAUCAACCCGAGGACGACUCUGCGGGAACAGAGCAUUCUCAACGACAGCCAUGGUCUCGCUUUUCUCGGUUUGAAUAUAGCAUUUUCUUCCUAUUGGGAGUCUCCAUGCUAUGGGCAUGGAACAUGUUCUUAGCCGCAGCACCAUAUUUCCAUAACCGUUUCGAAUCAAGCGAGUGGACCGCAACCCAUUAUCAGUCAUCUAUUCUGUCGGUAUCAACUAUUACCAAUCUUGUAACAGCAUAUACACUCGCCAAGGUUCAAAAGAAUGCCUCUUAUCCAUGGCGUGUGACUCUAUCGCUACUCAUCAAUUGUGUCAUUUUCACUCUGCUCGCAUUUUCGACUGUCGUAUUCAAAGAUAUCUCGGUGGGCGCAUAUUUUGGCUUUUUGAUGGUUAUGGUAGUUGGCGCUAGCCUAGCCACUGGUCUUAACCAGAAUGGCGUCUUUGCAUACGUUUCAGGCUUUGGAAGGGAGGAGUAUACACAGGCUAUUAUGAGUGGCCAAGGCGUGGCUGGAGUGCUACCCUGUAUUGUCCAAAUUAUAUCGGUCCUUGUUGUCCCAAGGAAGGGGACCACCGACCAAGGCCCGACAACAUCGUCUCCCGAAUCCGCUUUUAUAUACUUUUUGACAGCCACUGGCGUGUCUGCGUUGGCACUGCUGGCCUUUCUCUAUCUACUCAGAGAAAGACCCUAUACGCAGGUGAAGCGCACUGACCAUGAUGAAGAUUCUAAUCUGGUCGAUCAUGAGAAUCCAGAUGAUCAGACUGUCAGCCUGUGGACGCUUUUCAAAAAGCUUCGAUAUCUGGCCAUCGCCGUGUUCUUAUGCUUUACAGUAACCAUGAUGGCGUUUCCAGUCUACACCUCUGAAAUAUUGUCCGUCAAUGAUCCACAGAAGUCACGGCUAUAUGACCCGCCCGUCUUCAUCCCACUGGGUUUCCUGUUCUGGAACAUAGGAGAUCUUUUAGGAAGGUUGGCUGUUGCUAUUCCCGGACUAUCUCUUGCUCAUCGACCGUGGUUCGCUUUUGUCCUGUCCGUUGCACGUGUAGGGUUCAUUCCACUCUACCUGUUUUGCAAUGUAAAUGGCCGAGGCGCCUUUGUGUCCAGCGAUGUGUUCUACCUCUUCGUUGUGCAAUUAUUCUGCGGUGUCACCAAUGGUUACUUGGCCUCUAGUUGCAUGAUGGGUGCCACCUACUGGGUCGCUCCGCACGAGCGACAAGCUGCCGGUGGAUUUAUGAGCAUGAUGCUUGUAGGUGGCUUGACAGCUGGAAGCCUAUUGAGCUUCCUCGUCGCCGGUUAA